CAACUCAACAGCGAUGGGUUUUUUUGUUGUUAUUGUUAUUGUUGUUUUGGACAAUAUGAUACUCAAACUGAAGGCAAUAGGGAAAUGUUCUUGUUACAAUAAUAGUUAUCAUUUUGUCUCUCCCAAACUCAUUCACAGAAGGAUUUCCAGAUGCAAGGUUUCAACAGAACCACUGUGGUCACACAGUUCAUCCUGGUGGGCUUUUCCAGCCUCGGGGAGCUCCAGCUGCUGCUUUUUGUCAUCUUCCUUCUCCUGUACUUGACAAUCCUGGUGGCCAAUGCAACCAUCAUGGCUGUCAUCCACUUCAGCCGGAUGCUACACACACCCAUGUAUGGCUUUCUGUUCAUCCUUUCCUUUUCUGAGUCUUGCUACACAUUUGUCAUCAUCCCUCAGCUGCUGGUCCACCUGCUCUCAGCCACCAAGACUAUCUCCUUCAUGGCCUGUGCCACCCAGCUCUUCUUUUUCCUUUGUUUUGCCUGCACUAACUGCUUUCUCAUUGCAGCCAUGGGAUAUGAUCGCUAUGUGGCAAUUUGCCAUCCCCUGAGGUACACUCUCAUCAUGGACAAAAGGCUAGGGUUGGGGUUGGUUUCUCUGUCAGGAGUCACAGGGUUCUUAAUUGCUUUGGUGGCUACCAACCUCAUCUGUGACAUGCCUUUUUGUGGCCCCAACAGGGUCAACCACUAUUUCUGUGACAUGGCACCUGUCAUCAAGUUGGCCUGCACAGACACCCAAGUAAAAGAACUGGCACUAUUCAGCCUCAGCAUCCUGGUUAUCACGGUGCCCUUUCUUUUAAUUCUCAUAUCCUAUGGCUUCAUUGUUAAUACCAUCCUGAAGAUCCCCUCAGCUGAGGGCAAGAGAAAGGCCUUUGCCACCUGUGCCUCCCACCUCACUGUGGUCUUCGUCCACUAUGGCUGUGCGUCCAUCAUCUACCUUCGGCCCAAGUCCAAGUCUGCUUCAGACAAGGAUCAGUUGGUGGCGGUGACCUACACUGUGGUCACUCCCCUACUUAAUCCUCUCGUCUACAGUCUGAGGAACCAGGAUGUGAAGGCUGCACUGAAAAGAUUUCUGCGAAUGCCUGUGGCCACCAAGGUGAUCUAAAGGAAAAUUUUAAAUUUAAUCAGAAAGGGAAGAAGUCAAAGGCAUGACAUUUUCUCUGUCCCUU